GUUUACCCGUAUUAGAUAUAAUAAUAUUAUAAAACAAAAACAUAAACUACUUCAGCUGUCGGCCGUAGUACGCAAGUGAUAAUAUUAAUUUACACGUUAUUACUAAACUAUAAUAAUAAGCAAUUAUUAUUGUUGUCCGCGUAUAGUCGUUUAGAUGACACCCGUUCGGCCGUUUAAUUAUUAUUAUCAUCAUUAUUACCACUAUCAUCAUCGUAGUCGACAAACGCAAUGACCUCCAGUGAUUUGGACCGAACUCUGUGCCAAGUUGAAACUCAGGUCUCAGUGUAAAAUCCGACAGCGAUUGUGUACUAUAUCGUUGGUGUUACUAUUUCCUCCGUCGUCCUCGUGUAAAGUGAAAGUGGGCUAGCUGAGUGGACUCCAUAACACUCGGUAGUCAGUUAAAUUAAAGAGAAAAGCAGGACAAAUAUUUUAUUAAAACGUAUAAUAUAUUCAAAAAUAACGCGCUCGAAAUGAAAAGUGCGCCAAUCCUUGCCGCCGUUACCGUCGUUUUCUCCAAUAAUUGGUACGGCACGUAACGCCUACUUCAUUUUUAAAUUUAUUUUAUUUACAGUUACUUUGCGUCUCAACACACAAACUAUGGGUCUUUUGUUUUCAAAAAUCUGGAGCUAUUUUGGCACUGAAGAACACAAGAUCGUCAUUAUUGGUCUUGAUAACGCUGGCAAGACAACUAUAUUAUAUCAAUUCCUGAUGAAUGAAGUCGUGCAUACAUCACCAACUAUAGGGUCCAAUGUCGAAGAAGUUGUUUGGAAUAAUAUACAUUUCAUUAUGUGGGAUCUAGGGGGUCAACAAUCACUUAGAGCGGCCUGGUCUACUUACUAUUGUAACACUGAGUUUGUCAUUGUAGUCAUAGACUCCACGGACCGAAACCGUCUAGACUUAAGUCGCGAAGAAUUGUACAAGGUGUUAAAUAACGAUGAACUGUCUUCGGCCGCUGUUUUAGUUUAUGCCAACAAACAAGACAUGAAAGGUGCAAUGAGCGCCGCUGAUAUCAGCAAACACUUAAAUUUAACGUCUAUAAAAAAACAACAAUGGCAUAUUCAAGCGUGUUGUGCGUUGACAGGAGAAGGAUUAUAUCAAGGAUUAGAGUGGAUAUGCAGUCAAUUAAAAAACAAGUGACCGUGUUUGUUGCUAAUUUCUUUGUAAAUAAACCAAUGUGUACAAACGAAUUUUAUUGAAUUUAAUUAGAAUAAGUUGUUAUCAUGUAAUAUCAUAUAAUACAUUUACAUAUAUAUUCUUAACUGUAAAUAAUGUUUUAAGUUAAAAUGAUUAUAUUAUUGGUUACGCG